AUGGUGUCUUCUCGUGUGUGCCCAGAGUGUCGGCCCAACCGAAACUGCAGUAACAUGGCGAACAGUCAGGAUAUCGUGAUGCCGGGCACAAACGGUGUAAAUCUGUCCGCACUUUCCGCUGCUGUGCACAACUUGCUGUUGCUCGAUCCCGCUCAAGAAGCUGUACCACGAAACGGCGUGACAUCAGUGCCAUCAGUGGUCAACGCCGACGGCGUCGCCGUGUUGAAGUCUUGUGGCGGUAUUCAACCCUCAGAUCGGAAGCCUACGGAGCAAUCAAGUCAACUUUCGAGUGAAUUCUUUGCAGCAAACGAAGAGUCCGCAUCUCAUCGUUCGUUUCCUGCGUCUGUUGACGAGACAAUAAUUCCAGAAGGCACUGGUACGGUUGCCGUCCUCCAGCAAAUGGCCGGUGGUCUCAGCUUGCUCGCUUUCCCAAGUCGCUCUGGAGAAGUGCCAAGACAUCUCCCGCAGGAGACUGGAGUCACCUUAAGCGCCGAGGCGAGCCCCGACAGAAACAGGCCAGAUGAGGAUGGGAGUUCAGAGAGAAACGGCCUGACCGCCAAAUCCGUCAGCAAAUACUUGAGUGGUCCUAGCCAAGGCGAGGAACGGACUCGGAGCACUAGCAAACAAAGAAAAACUCCCGGUACCAAGGCGGUAUCGGCAUUGCGAGACCACCCUAAGUCAUCAUCUGCAGGUGCCAGGCCUUCCAGCAAAAAUGACAUUCGAGUGCGUGCGGCAAAGAAGCGAGACCGCGGCCACCGCAAACCAGGGGACCAAAGGAUUGAACGGCGGGGAGAAAGGGGUGUGCUUCACCAAACCACCAAGCCAGGCACACGCCGAAAAGCCGAGGAGCCGACUCCCAAGAAACUGAGACGGUCAAGUGCGGGUAGUGCCGUACGAGGGGAGGCAGGGGAUGGCUCUGCAGGUUGCAAGCACUCGCAACAAAGCCACCAAAUAGGUGGCAUUGCCGCUACAACAGUGCGACGAAGAGACUUGACAGCAACAACGCCGGUUUCUAAGCCAGGCUGUCCCUCCCCGGGAGUUGCAAAUGAAGAGGCCUGUGAAAGGACCAAUCAGAGAACACAUCAGACAGGACCCAACGGCGAAAAUCAUUGGAUUCGCGGGGUUGACGCAACAGACGUCGCUGACAGUGCAGCUCCUGCUGUCCUUUCUCUGGACGAAAUUGCGUUUUCUUCCUCUGACGAAGACGCAGCUUCGAACUCAGAACCUGAAACCAAGGCUACUCGUCGCAAGAGUAAGCUAGCGAAGCAGUCGAAAAAGAGUAAAGCUCCAAAGCCAUUGGCAUCUGUUGCCAACCCUGACGGACAUGCUCCUCUCCCAUCUGGCAUCCAUACCCUCCCAGGAGAUUCCCCUUCAGAUGCUGCUGCGCUACGAGGUGACACAAAACAAGCACCAGGUGGAGAAGGCUCUACACGAACCACACACACGGGCGAAAUAGCGGCACCGAAUGUGAUCCGAAGGCGACGGUCGGCAAGGCUCCACGAGCAAGAAGCGUGGGAACAGCCACUUCAAACGCCCGUGUCUUUUCCGACACCUCCUACUACUUCGUGUGAGACGACCGUGCCAGCAUUUCGUGCGAAAAGCAAAGCCCUGAUCCAGACAGGAAAGGAACAGCGCCUGGAUACUGACAUGCGAGGAAUGGAAGCAGGGGGCUUGGCGGGGCAUGCGCCGAGACAGACUGUUCGAAGGGAGAGAGAUACGCAGGGAAAAGACACAACGAACGCUGCUGUUAACCAAACAGAUAACUUUGGAGGCCUUACACACAGCGGCAAUGAAAUACCUUGGAACUGUGGGCGAUUCACAGAGACCCGCGAAUGUGCUUCAGGAGCUACAGGCGACUCGGCGCUUCUUCACAACCAUCUGAUCCGCCCAGUGCAAGUGUUCGCUGGUCUUUCACGAAAUCCGGCGCCGUUUUCCUCAUGCUCUCGCAAAGCCGGUGACGUUUCCCACUCUGUCAUGCCUGUUGCCACGGAUGCAGACAUGAUCUGUGUGAGGCCGCCGAUUCUGGGUUCUGAGUUGGCAGUCGUCGUGCCGAUGUGCUCACGUUACCCCGCUACACCGGAACUCACACACCGUUCUUCGUGCUCUGCCUCCUACGCCAGGCUUUGUCUCGACAAAGACCGCAUGUUUCAGCCAGGCUCUCAGCCAGUCGAGUCCUGUGUCUCAACUGCUUUGAACGGCGUCGUUGCUGAAUCGUCAGAGAGCCGAUUCGUACCGCACUGCACGCGCUUUCUGGGCGUACCUGUGGACAGGGUUGGCCAAGGGGCGGCAGAGGAAAGGAAGCGAAAAAUUCGAAAUAGAUCCUCACUCCCCUCGUCUAGCUCUCCACAGCUAAGUCGUCUUUCACGGACCCCAACUCGCUUACGAAACCCGGCAAACCCGAGUGGAGCUGCCAGCCUGGUGCAGACACGUCUCGUUGACCACGAAGUCGAGCUCCUUCGCCUGCGUUUGCGCCACGCCCGCGAACGACGGUGCCUGAAACGAAGAAUAUGCCAAGUGCAACUCGGCCACAAAGAGGCUCUGGAGCAAUUAGAACGCGACUUCCGCAGUGAGAUGUACAAGCUGGAACGUCGUCAGAUGCUACAAGAAGAGCGCCACGACAGCGAACUGCGCAAACUGGAGGAGCGCCACAUGAAACGGGACGUGGACAGGGUCGUGAAACUUCUGGGUCAGCUGCGGCAGAGAAUCAGCGCACGGAAAAGCACGACACCCGAAACGCAACCCAGGAAACUGUCAAACGCCACUGGACGCCCACCUGCCACAAAGACUGAAAUGGAGACUUAGUGCAGAAACCCAGGUCAAGAAACACCGUUUCCCACUGCACACAGCAUGCGAAACCAUCGGCACCUCCAUGACUAGAAAAAGCAGUCGAUUGAAAAGCAGCACAGAAAAUGCCCAAAGGAUGAAUGCAGCUCUACCACUGUUCGUACUUGCGUUCGUAGUUACACGAUACGGCCGUGUCAGUUGCCACAGUGUGGAAGGAAAAGUAUCGAUCCUUCCGCGUUGGCAGACACUUCAACAGAACACAUGAGUACGAAUGGACAUGCAUACACUCGCAUGACGCGAAUAUGGUGACUGUUAAAGUGCAAGCGGUUUUGCACCCGUCCAUUCGUGGAGUUCAUGUGGAAGAAGCGUUUUGUUGUUCUUCACGGAGUGUCCAACAAAGCAACGCACGCCCUAAGGCAACUCUUAGGGAGUCCGUGGCGUUGCAUGUGUGCCGUUGCCGUGGAUGAAACAACCUGACGUCCAGUCUGUGGAUUUAG